AUGUUCAUGGAUAAGGGGACUGAAUCUGAGCACAUAGCUUUUCUUUCUCUAUGGUUGUCAAGGUUUGUUUUUCCUGGAAACGAACAGGAUCAUAUUGGUAAUCAUGUUUUCUGGAUUGCAAUUUACCUUGCUCGAGGAACCCGGUUUGUGCUAGCACCUGCUGUUCUAGCUAGCAUAUAUAGGGACGUUGGCCUGUUUAAAGCAUCAAUGGCUGAUUCGACUCAGAGGAUGGCAGCUUUUUAUCCUUUGCCCUUUGGAGAGCUUCGACUGGCUCGUUGGAAAGGCCUUAAAAAACUUGAUAUUGGGAAUGUGAGGCCGGCUAUUAAUUAUGCUGGAGAGACUUUUCUAUGGCGACCAUAUGCAUUGGCAGUGCAUAAUUGGUCAAUCCCUAAACUGUACAAGGAAAAAGAAGAUUGGGUUGUUGGCAACGAUAUAGAUUCUGAAUUAGAAUCCUUGGCUAGAUGUUUGAGGCCUUAUAAACUUGUUUGGAUUGAUUGUCAAGAACCUUAUAAUCCACAUCGAGUAGCUAUGCAAUUUGGACUCGAUCAAGAUCUACCUGGAUGGAUUUCCCGGGACAAUAUAAGUCGUGAUAUCGCCUGGUACAAUUUUACAGGGCCUUUGAGCUACGAUAAUUGGAUAUAUCUUCUAUCUAGACUUUCUGAAUCGGAUGUUACUGCACAGUUACAAACUGGUAGCAAAUUGCAGUGCGAUGAGGGAUUUUCUCGCCAAGUGAAGCAUUAUCCGGCUGCUUUAUUUCAAAGCGCUUCUACUAUGACUGGAGGGGUUGGAUUGUCUUCAAAGAUGAAGCUAAUAGUAAAACAAGAAGAAGAUACAAAGCAACAAAAUUCAAGCACUGACCGUGAUGUCCCUCCUGGUUUCCUACCCAAAUCCAUUGAAGGAAAAGGAAAAACCAUCGAGAAAGAUGAAGAAGAUUCUGUACACAUUGUAGGUGCAAGAAUAACAAGAUCAAUGACAAGGUCAAAGACAAACACAGACAAAUCUCAACAAUCCAAGCUGAAAAAGGACUAUCAUCCUGACGUCCCUUCUGGUUUUCCACCCAAAUCUAAGGGCAUAGAGAUAAAAUGCAAUGAGGAGAGAUCAUCCUUCAAUGUUGAGCCUCACAAAAUGCACCCUGGGAUAAAACUGGGAGGACAUAAUGUGCAGGGUAGGUUUGCAAAAGGAAAAUCCUUCAUGGUUGAGGAACAAGCUCAUGGAAUUACAAGUGGAGAACUGAGAAAAGAUAUCGAUUCAGAAAGGAGAUAUCAUGACUAA